AUGUCUUCCACCACACCUCUUCCCGCUUACACAUCUUACAAAAACAUAAUUGUCAGCUCACCAAACCCUUUCGUCGCUCAUGUCGAGAUAAACCGACCCCAAAAGCUCAACGCCUUUACCCAGGAACUAUGGCUUGAGUUUGGGCGUGUCUUCAAGCAGCUUAGCGGCGAUGAAGAUGUUCGUGCUGUUGUAGUCAGCGGCGCUGGCGAACGAGCCUUUACGGCAGGCUUGGACGUGCAGUCUGCAUCUAAUGAUGGAAUCCUCUCUGGUUCUCAGGCGGAUAUCGCCAAAAAGGCAAAGGUAGUGAGAAACCACAUUGAGGAAUUCCAGGACUCGAUUGGCGCUAUGGAGAAAUGCGAGAAACCUGUCAUUUGCGUGCUUCAUGGUGUUUCUAUUGGCCUUGCUAUUGAUAUCGCCUGCUGCGCUGACAUCCGCAUCUGCGCCUCCAACACACGCUUCGCCGUCAAGGAAGUUGACAUUGGCAUGGCCGCUGAUAUCGGAACCCUGGCACGUCUGCCCAAGCUCGUUGGCUCAACAUCGUGGGUUAAGGACGUUUGUCUCACGGCCCGAGACUUCUCAGCACAGGAAGCAUUAUCAGUAGGAUUUGUGAGCCAGGUUCACGAGGGUAAACAGGCGGCUGUGCAGGCUGCUGUGGCUCUGGCAACCACACUUGCCGACAAGAGCCCUGUUGCUGUACAGGGAACGAAGGAGCUGCUCAACCACGGCAGGGAUCAUACUGUUGCUGAGAGCUUGAGAUAUACGCAAGUAUGGAAUGCAGCGGCUGUGCAAGGCAAGGACUUUUCGUUGGCGUUGAUGAGUGGAUUGAAGAAGACGAAGCCGAGAUUUGAGAAGUUGUAG